GCAGGUUGCAGCUACUCAGUGGGAAUCAGAACAUAUGGAAACCUGUGUGAUCACCCACCCCAGGCUGGGUCCUGUGCCUAGACCAAUAGCACACGGGUUUUUCUGCUCAGGCAUGUGGAGACCAGUCCAGGGGAGCUUGCCACCUUGGCUGACUAAGUUGGGGGUAUCUGGGCCCAGCCCGCUGGCCUGGGAGAGGGUAUUAUGGACCUGGGGAGGGGCGGGGGGAGGGGGCUUGGAGCAAGGGCACUCUCUGAUCUGUAGCAGCCGACCUAGCCCACCCCACCGUGAUGCUCCCACGCAAGCUCUGAGUCCCUUCUUUUUCCACCAGGCCAGGUGUGGCUUCUCGGGAGGCUCCGACCUUUACCUGCCCUUGGUCUGGAAGCCAGCCCUGGGGCAAGCUGUGGGGUUGGGCGAGCUGUAUACUUGGGCCGGUGAGGGAUCUGCCAGACUGACCCCAGUAAAAGGCCCAGACCCGGAGAACUCCCUCCUUCCUUCCCGUCGAUCUUUUUCUUCAGACUUCCCUCCCUCGCCCCCUUCCUCCGCCUUUCCGGCUCUCCAUUUUUUCCUCCUCCCUCCUUGGGCCCCGCUCCUGUUCUCCCCUUCCUCCCGUCUCUCCCCACCCCCUCCCUUUCUGGUGCAGGCAUUUCUCAGCGGCGCACAGAGGCUCCUAGUCUGGUCGGCGCGGCGCGAGUUCCGGGAAAGUUGUGUGGGUCUCCCGAGGAUCGCGCACUUGGCCGGGAGGCCGCCCUCCGGAAGGGCGGCCCUCGGGGCCGGCAGGGCCGAGCCGGACAGCCCCGGCUGGCGAGGUCAGCCGAGCGCUCGCCGGAGGGUCGGCGGGGAGGGAGCCUCAGCGUGCCGGGAGCGGGACAGACGCGGCCCCGUGGGCCCCGCUGAGCCGCAGAAAAGAUGUGGAAAUACACCCAGAUCAAAACGCCCCUGGCCCGCGUGACCCUACCCCAGGAGA